AUGAGUUUUGCCGAUAUUUUGGACGGCUUAGGGGGCAUGGGACACUUUCAGAAACUCUCUGUCGCUUUCUUGGGCAUUCCCCUGAUGAUGCUGGCUAGUCACAACCUUUUGCAGAAUUUCACAGCUGGGGACUCCAGACAUCACUGCCAGAUCCACAUAACGGCCAACGAUACCCAUCAUGCCAAUAUCACCAGACAGCUGGGAGCUGACGAGCACUUCCUUCGGAUCUUCAUCCCCAUGGGUGGGAAUAAACAGGCCGAAAAGUGUCGCCGGUUCGUCACUGCCCAGUGGCAGUUCCUCGACCCAAAUGCCACCAUUGGCAAUGACACCAUCGUGGAAACGGAACCAUGUGCUGAUGGAUGGAUCUACGACAGGACUGUGUUCACCAGCACCAUCGUCAGUGAGUGGGAUUUGGUGUGCGAGGCCCGGGCCCUGAAGCAGAUGGCUCAGUCGAUUUACAUGGCCGGGGUGCUGAUCGGAUCCGUGUUGUUUGGGGGCCUUUCGGACAGGUUCGGCCGGAAGGCCCUCAUUGUCUGGUGCUACCUGCAGAUGGCGGUCGCAGGGGCCUGCACAGCUUUUGUGCCAAAUUUCACUGGAUACUGUGUCCUUCGCUUUCUGUGUGGAAUGGCCAUGUCGGGGAUUUCUAUCAACUCCGUCUCGCUGUGCAUGGAAUGGAUUCCGACCAAAUUCCGGGCCAUUGUCGGCACUUUCAAUGGGUAUUGCUAUACCAGUGGGCAGUUCAUCCUGGCUGGAGUAGCUUAUGCCAUCCCCGACUGGAGGUGGCUGCAGCUCACGGUGUCACUCCCUUUCUUUGUGUUCUUUCUCUACUCCUGGCUGUUGGUUGAGUCAGCCCGCUGGCUGGCCAUAUCCGGGAAGCCGGAGCAGGCUGUGAAAGGUCUGAAGAAAGCUGCUCGCAUAAAUGGAAGAAAGAAGGAAGGCGAUAAGCUCAGUUUGGAGGUUUUGAAAUCCAGCAUGCAAAAGGAGCUCUCCACCACCAAAUCCAGUCACAGCAUGGUCGACCUCGUGCGGACACCUGCUGUCCGCAAAAUCUCCUGCGGGGUUUCCUUCGUCUGGUUUGCCACCAGCUUUGCCUAUUACGGGCUCGCGAUGGAUCUGCAAAAUUUUGGCUUCAACAUCUACCUGACUCAACUGGUCUUUGGGGCUGUGGACAUCCCCGCCAAGUUCAUCUCGGUGAUGACCAUCACCUUUGUAGGACGGCGCUUCUCCCAGGCUGCGUCCCUCAUCCUGGCCGGAUUGUGCAUCCUGGCCAAUAUUUUUGUGCCUCAAGAUCUGAGUAACCUGCGACUGCUUUUUGCUGUUGUCGGCAAGGGUUCGCUAGCAGCUUCGUUCAACUGUGCCUACAUCUUUUCCGGAGAGCUUUUCCCAACCGUGAUCAGGCAGUCAGGAAUGGGUCUUGGAGGCACCAUGGCCCGGGUUGGAAGCAUGAUAGCUCCUCUGGUGAAGAUGACUGGGGAAGUUUUCCCACCCUUACCGCUGAUAAUCUAUGGAGUGGCACCUAUCAUCUCUGGCCUGGCAGCCUGUUUCCUCCCCGAGACACGGAACAUCCCCCUACCGGAGACCAUCGAGCAAGUAGAAAGACAGUCACAGCCCAGCCAGGAGGAUGAGCAGCAAAUGAAGAUGCUCCUUCCUGCUACCACGAUGAAUCCUAGCAAAACCAGCGGCUAA